UUUCCCACAACCCGGGCCACGCCGACACCCUCCUCACCCACCUCAACCUGCUCCGCAAGCGGCACCUCUUCACCGACGUGGUCCUGCGAGCGGGGAACCAGGCUUUCCACUGCCACCGGGCCGUCCUGGCCUCCUGCAGCCGUUACUUCGACGCUAUGUUCAGCGGGGGCCUGAAGGAGAGCAGAGACGCCGAAGUCAACUUCCACGAUUCCCUCCACCCCGAGGUGCUGGAGCUGCUGCUGGAUUACGCCUACUCGGCCCGGGUGCUGAUUAACGAGGAGAACGCAGAGUCCUUGCUGGAGGCUGGGGACAUGUUGCAGUUUCAGGAUAUUCGGGAUGCUUCGGCCGACUUUCUGGAGAAGAAUCUUUACCCCGGGAACUGCUUGAACAUGCUGCUGCUGUCCGACGCCCACUGCUGCGAGCGGCUGCUGGAGCUGUCCUGGAGGAUGGCGUUGGCCAACUUCACCUCGCUCUGCAAGACCGAAGACUUCCUCCGCCUGCCCAAAGACAAGCUGCUGGAGCUGGUGGAGAGCGAAGAGCUGGAAGUAGAGGAUGAGACGCUGGUCUACGAAGCUGUUAUAGGUUGGAUCCGGUACGAUUUGCCCCGACGCCAUGAAGUUCUGCCAGAGUUGCUGCGCUCCGUCCGCCUGGCCCUUCUGCCCGAGUCCUACCUGCGGAAGCAAGUGGCCUGCGAGAAGCUGGUGACCAGCCACAAGCUGGGGGAGGAGAUCGUGGCUGAUGCUGUACGAUGCAAAAUGAAGAUCCUGCAAAACGACGGCCUGGUGACAGGGUGCUGUGCCCGACCCCGCAAGGUCAGCCAGGCCCUGCUGCUGCUCGGCGGCCAGACCUUCAUGUGCGACAAGAUUUAUAUGCUGGAUCAUAAAACCAGCGAGAUCAUUCCUCGUGCAGACAUCCCAAGCCCUCGUAAAGAGUGCAGCGCCUGUGCCAUCGGGUGCAAAGUGUACAUCACCGGCGGCAAAGGCUCCGAGAACGGCGCUUCCAAAGACGUCUGGGUUUACGACACCCUCCACGACGAGUGGGCAAAAGCUGCUCCCAUGCUGGUGGCGCGGUUUGGCCACGGCUCCGCUGAGCUGGACCACUGUCUGUAUGUGGUGGGGGGUCACACGGCAGUGAGCGGCGCCUUCCCGGCCUCUCCCUCCGUCUCUCUCAAGCAAGUCGAACACUACGACCCGCAGCUGGACAAAUGGUCCUUAGUGGCCCCUCUCCGAGAAGGCGUAAGCAACGCCGCCGUGGUGGGAGCCAAGAUGAAGCUGUUUGUUUUUGGUGGCACCAGCGCCAACCAGGAGAAGCUGCCCAAGGUGCAGUGCUUCGAUCCCUGCCAGAACCGCUGGACAGUGCCCGCCAGCUGCCCCCAGCCCUGGCGGUACACGGCCGCUGCCGUGGUGGGCAGCCACAUCAUUGUCAUCGGGGGGGACACGGAGUUCUCUGCCAGCUCCGCUUACCGCUUCCACAGUGAUACCUACCAGUGGUCCAAAUUUGGGGACGUCACCGCUAAGCGCAUCAGCUGCCGUGCUGUUACGUCGGGCAACAGACUGUACGUGGUGGGGGGCUACUGCGGGGCUCAGCGCUGCAAAACGCUGGACUGUUACGACCCAUCAUCUGACACCUGGAGCAGCAUCACGACAGUGCCUUAUUCCCUCAUCCCCACUGCCUUCGUCAGCACCUGGAAGUACCUGUCUGCCUGAGCCGCGGUGUGGCGAAGAACCUGGAAGGCCUCACACCUGAUUUUGCCAGUGUCUCACUUCACUGAGGAUCCAGACAGAAGACACGGGCAGUAGGAACGCCUCCUCCUACCUAGCAAGUCUGUGAACUGGAUGCCAGCCCUUGCGUGGAUCUCAUUUAGCAUCAGCAGGGCUCACGGCAACACAGCUUUGGCUUUGAACC